AUGUCAACACUUAUAACUCUCUACUUCUUGCUUAUACUCGCAUUACUAGGCUUGCGCUGGAUUCGUCAUGAACGGCCUAGUACCCUCGAACAGGUCCGUGGCGUCCUAGCGCCUCACGCUCUUCCUCUUGAAGCGCACCUCCGACGACGGUCCUCCGCCAACACGCGUCUUGCGCGCGUAUUCAAACUCUCCAACACCUUCGUACACGCCGAUAGGAGCAUCCACAAGACAUUCGUCGCCGACGCCCGCAGUCUGCUCCAGCGAUGGGACGCCGCGACUUUCCCAGAUGUGACGCGCACCGUCUUAGACGCGUACUCUAAGCUGUUACCAGCGAGCAUCGCUUUCGACUCGCUCGUGCAGCUCAUCACCUUCACGUUGGUAGCCGAGACGCUACUCGGUGGACACAUUGCGCCUGAGGAGUGGCGAGAAGUGCUUGUAGUCACGCAAGGCAUCAACCACCUCUGGGAAGCCUCCAAGAAGACCACGCGUGUGAACGCCGAAAACAAUGACCUUCGCGCGAAGAUGGACGCCAGUCUACGAAGAUGGCUACCUCAUCUCGCCAACCCUCUCGAUUUCGUGAUACCAGCGUACGAGACGAUGUGGCGCGUCGUCGCAGUCCUCAUUGGGCGCGUAGCCGGCACAACGAACGCCGGAACUUUACUCGCAUACUUUGAUGAUCCCCGGGAUAUCACGUUCCGUGUUACGACCGACGGUCCUAGCGCCGAAGCUCUCGUCAAAGAGGUCUUACGCCUACACUCCCCCGUGCGACGCAUCUCAAGAAGCACCUCUUCAUCGCGCCUCUCCCGCGCACUCUGCGCCGCCCUUCCUCGCUGGGUUCGACCUACAUCCAUCUGCACAGCAGACCUCGACGCUCUGCACCGCGACGUCUCAAUCUGGGGCAAGUCCGCGGGCGACUUCGACGCAACUCGCUUCGACUCUUCCCGCUUGACGCCGGAGCAGAACGCCGCGUGGACGCCGUUCGGACAUGGCCCGCUGAGCUGCGUCGCCGCGCGCGAUGCACCUCACUUGGCUGCGCUCAUUGCGGGCGCUGUGAUUGAGCGCUUGCACGAGGGCGGGUGGAAGUUGCAGCGCGGGCCCCGGCUAGGCGCCAGACGAGGUUGGGAUGGGUGGUCCGUCGGGAUCACGCCCAUACGAUCAACGACUGCCUGA